AUGGCCACCAAGGAUUUCCAGAAUAUCUUCCAUUGGGCGUCGACCCAGCAGAAUGGAACUAUUCCUUCUUUUGCAACCCGCCCCAAUGAUCCUUAUCAGUAUCAACCUGGGUUCAAUAAUAACUUCGAGUCAGAAGCAAUCCCAGGCACUAUUCCAAAGGGACAGAACAGCCCCAGAGCCAUUCGUUUUGGACUUUAUGCGGAGCAGAUCACCGCAUCCGCUUUCGUUGCGCCUCGCCACGUUAAUAAGAAGGCUUGGCUUUACCGCGCGAGACCAGCAGUAGCUCAUCAAGGAUUUACCAGCUUGCCUGAUAAUAAAGACACCGAGUCUACCUUUUUGCCAUUCAACACGCGAGUCCACGUUUCCCCUACACAGCUGGCUUGGAAGCCCUUCGAGAUCCCCACCGGUCAAGACGUUGACUUUGUCGACGGACUCAAGACCAUUGCGGGCUCGGGCGACCCAACAUUGAGAGAGGGUCUAGCCACUCACGUCUUUUUGUGCAACAAAAGCAUGAGCAAAAGGGCCUUUGUGAACUCCGAUGGCGACUUUCUCAUUGUGCCCCAGCAGGGAGCUUUGGAUAUACAGACAGAGUUCGGCUUUUUGUAUGUCCAACCAGGAGAAAUUUGUGUUAUACAGCGUGGCCAGAGGUUCAAGGUUGGCGUCAAUGGCCCAACACGAGGCUAUAUCCUUGAGAUCUGGGGUUCCAACUUCGAACUUCCAGAGUUAGGUCCCCUGGGCGCCAAUGGGCUUGCCAAUGCUCGAGACUUCCUCCACCCUAUUGCUGCCUACGAGGUCACUGACAAUGACCCAUGGACCGUCGCUUACAAGCUUGGGGGCAAGUUCUUCUCUAGCAGUCAGAAUCACUGCCCCUUUGAUGUUAUCGCAUGGCAUGGAAACUAUAUUCCAUACAAGUAUGAUCUGACAAAAUUCGUCAAUGUCGGGUCUAUAUCCGUCGAUCACAUAGACCCAUCGAUCUUUUGUGUUUUGACAGCCAAGUCGCGAGACCCUGCGGCGCCAUUGGCUGAUUUCCUUAUCUUCUCACCGAGACAAGAUGUCGCAGCUCAUACAUACCGCCCGCCAUAUUAUCACCGCAACUGUGCCUCGGAGCUUAUGGGGCUUAUCUACGGCGAGUACGGUGGCCGCUCGGACGAGUUCCAGCCAGGCAGCAUAUCGUACGAAAGUGGUUUUGUGCCUCAUGGGGUGGCAUAUGAAGAAUUUGCAGCUGCUUCAAAGGCAGACCCUCCUGUUAUGCGAAUCUCUGAAGGCUCUAUCGCGUUCAUGUUUGAGAGCAGUCGGGCCUUUACAAUCACAGAUUAUGCUUGGAAUAGCGAUAAGCGACAUGAGCAUAACCCCAAAAUGUGGGACAACCUCGUGGACAACUUCUCCAAGCACAAGGCGGAAGUGGACGAGAUUUUGGCUAAGAAGACCUAA